CACCUACCAUCAUCGCCUUGGCAGGCGCUGCUGCCUCGGACUCGGACGGCAGACUGGAGCUCUCUGGUGGGAGUUCCACUCCACUCUACAAUGAGGAUAGGGGCUGGAGCAGCGGCAGCGGCCAACAUGGCUGCUUGCUCCUCCGUUCCCUGCUCCUUCCCCACCAAGCCAGACCCUCACCGCCGGGGCCGCAGCUCUCAUCUCCCUCGGCUCCCUGCUGCUACCCAGUUUCGUCGGUUUCGAUCACUCUCUGCCGCCGCCGCCGCCUCGUCGUCGGCGAGUCGCCUCCGUCCACGAGCCUCCGUGUCCGCGUCGGCCGCCCCGUCCAAGGACUACGAGUUCACUGAUGGAAACGGAGAGGUGGAGCUGCGACUGGACAUCCAAAAGCUUGGCAUAGAGAGUGCAAGAGAUGUUUUUGUUGACGUCGAUGAUACAUCCCUAUUGAUCAGAGCCAAGUCUGACGGGACACUGAGGACUUUGAUGAACGUCCAAACACUGUUUGAUAGGAUUAAGUCUUCUGAGACCAUAUGGUUCAUCGAUGAGGACCAAUUGGUGGUGAAUCUGAAGAAAGUAGAGCAAGAGUUGAAAUGGCCUGAUAUAGAUGAAUCAUGGGAAUCCCUCACUUCUGGGAUCACCCAGUUGUUGACAGGGAUCAGUGUCCACAUUGUUGGUGAUUCCACACACAUUAAUGAGGCAGUUGCUAAGGAGAUAGCCGAGGGCAUUGGGUACCUUCCGGUUUGCACAAGUGAGCUGUUAGAGAGCGCCACUCAAAAGUCGAUUGAUACAUGGGUGGCUUCCGAAGGAGCGGACUCGGUAGCUGAAGCCGAAUCUGUUGUCUUGGAAAGCCUUAGCAGCCAUGUCCGCACCGUAGUUGCAACUCUGGGGGGCAAGCAAGGAGCAGCCAGCAGAUUCGACAGAUGGCAGUACCUUCAUUCUGGGUUCACGGUAUGGCUAUCGGUAUCUGAUGCAAGUGACGAAGCUACUGCAAGAGAAGAAGCCCGAAGAAGCGUGAGCAGUGGAAGCGUUUCUUACGCCAAGGCGGACGUGGUGGUGAAGCUUGGCGGGUGGGACCCAGAGUACACGCGAGCUGUUGCGCAGGGCUGCCUCGUCGCCCUCAAGCAGCUAACCUUAGCAGACAAGAAGCUGGCAGGGAAGAAGAGCCUCUACAUCAGGCUUGGUUGCAGAGGCGAUUGGCCCAACAUCGAGCCUCCAGGCUGGGACCCUGAAUCCGACGCCCCACCAACCAACAUCUGAACCAUCCUCCUCUGCCUCCGCGCAGUUGUAUUCUAAGGACAAUAAUGUAACAAGAAUUCUCUGCAUCACCAUUUUGGGUGUAAUAAUAAAUAUAAGAGAGAGGCUGUCGGUUGAUGCAUAAAAUGAA